AAACGAUCAAUAUAUAAUGUCCUGCAACUUCAAAGAUGUAGAAAAAGUCUAUGUAAUCUCUAUAAUGAAUAAAUAAAUGGUCCAAGUAAAAUGAGGUAACUUGAUGAAUCUAGGACCUUCCUGUAAGAUAAAUGGCAAUCUGCGGGAAUGUACAAGUCCCAAUGGGAAUGUCCACAAUGAAAUAAAUGAAUGAUGCUUGUUAUCCACAGACUGGUCUCCCAGAACUCUCACCUCAAUUUAUGUAGCAAUUCACAUUGUGUAUGUGAUCCAGCCUCGAACAUACUCUCUCUUCUACUCUCUCCAACUCUGUGGUAACUCUAUCUGUCAGCCUCUGCUGUUCCUGCAAGUGGCCAAUUUCUUCCACUGACCUGUCACACUAUGCGAUUACAUAGACUUUUUCAACAUCUUUGAAGUUGCUGGACAUUAUGUAUUGAUCGUUUUACUUAUUCUUUGUUUAUCAUCCAAUAUUCCUAUAUUUUAUUUUUUUAACAUUUCCACGUUGAACAUUAUUUUCACGUUUAAUAUUAUGUUCCCUCAAUAGGGUAUUUUGUAGUGGUAUCACUAGCGCGAGAUCACCUCUGUAUUUAUAUUUUUAUAACCAGUAUGAAUAUAGCGCCAUCAAUUUACACAUCACUUUACUUUCUCUCUUUUUUCUUUUUUUUUUUAAGCUACAGAGCACCACAGGCACCCUGGUAUUAGAUGGUUUUGGUAAACCUGAAGAGAAAAACCUGCAGGAAAACUGAUGGUGUGUGUGGGGCUUUAGGUCCCUAACGCACAUUCAUACAUACAAAUACUAGGUCUAAUUUCCUCCUAAUUUCAUGUAUGGGUGUCACAGGGGCAGAGACUAAGAGGAAAUCUAAUAAGUGGGUUCAAAGACAGCAAGAAAACAUUCAGUUUAACUAAAGGCCAAACUCAUUUGUUUUUGUUUUGAAUAGGUUGGAGAGGGAUUAGAACACUUGUCAGUUAAUUUUUAUUACUUUUUUUGGUGUCCCCCAUUGGGGAGAUUCACCCUGCCUAUUUUUCAUGUUUACCAUUAUCGUCAAAAGUGAAAGUAAAAGAAAAUCCCAAAUUUUGGGUUGACACCAGAACAGUAAUAGAGGGGAAAUCUUCCAAUAGGGACACUAGUUCUGGUGACCAUGUUGAUACACUAGAAGUCCCUCACUUUUGAAGGGAUUUCCUCUGACUUCCUGUUUUGGCUAUGGGACAUGAAGGGAAGGGGAAUCUCCCCAAUGGGACACAAAUGGAAAAAAAUAAAUAAAAGGAAAAAUAAACUACUAAUGGGGCUUAUAACCUUCCCUUACAAUACAUAAAAUGUUAAAAAAAAUAUUGAAUUCUUUUUUUUUUUUAAAACUGCACUUGCGCUUGACGCAUAUAAUGUGGAUAGAAAGGAAUUGGCUUCAUUAAAUUUUAAUGGUAGGGCCAGUGAGCAAAUAUUGUGAUUGGAUCCAGGUCUUUGCUCCCUUGUUAAUGGAACUCUACUAUCUGGAUUUAGAGUCCAGCAUAAAGUCCUGGGGACCACACAUUUUAAUAAGCAAGUCUCAUGGCUGAAGCAUUUUUUUUUUUUGCCCACUACAUUGGUCCUAAACUCCCAAUUUUUCAGCAUUGAAUUAGGACAGGAUUGGCCAACUGAUCUUGCCCAUUGCCUGAGAUAAAGAUUCUGGUCUCAGUUCCAGAGUUGAUUUGUCCCAUAUGGUGACAUUAUUGCAUCAAUGUAGACUUAUUCUUUGUAACUUGCUGAAUGAUGCAAACUUCUUCAAAUGAAUAAUAUGAGUAUAUUUUUAUGAUUGCCGUGUUCGCAUAUUCUAGUCAUUUUCUUGUUUGCUAUAUGUGUGCUUACAGUUGAGCACUUUUCUUGUUUGCUUGAUGGAAGACAAGCUGGUGCUCACUCUACUUAACCAUGGAUGUGCAGAUUGCCUGUUCUGUUGCUGCCUUAUUUACUUACAGAGCCUUUAUGUUUCCGUGAUGAAUUGGAAAGGGAAAGAUUUGGGCCUGUAGAUGGUGGUGUAGAUAAGAACUGAAAACAAGCUAUUAUCUGUUUCAUUUUCUGGCAGUUACAAUUAUGGAGGAAAUGACUGGCUGUCUUUACCUUACUAACAGAGCAAUUUACCAUAUUUUAUCAUUGAUCACAUCUAAUUACAAACUGUGUCUGUUUGAACUCUAAAUGGUGUAAAAGCUGCCUUUAAAAAGGACUACAUUAAUGGACAUUAGGAAACUAGGCAAAUUCAAUUUUCUAAUUACAUUUACUGUGCAGAUCAAAUAUACACAAACCAGAUUUAAAUGCCAGAUGUCCAAUUCAAUUUAACUACAUAUACAUUACUUGUUUUUUGUGUAAAGCAUCAAAUUUGGGAGCUAGCUCACAAACUUGGUGUUCCUCAUAAAUCUCGCUGCAGAUGAGAUUUUAGCUGGACUUUUUCUCCUCGCUCUGAGCCUAGUUCCUUCCCAUUUUGGUCCUUUGCCAGUAAUCUUCGGCAUGCAGAAGCUGGCUCUUUCCUUUGCCUUUUCCAUAAAGCACUUGGGUACUGACAAGCGUUCCACACACAGCUCCGAACUUGGGGCGUAUGUAAAUGUGGGAUCAAGCUAUCCUUUUCUGGAAUUCUUCCUCUCAGACAGUAAAUGUUUGUCUUGAGACAAGUAUCAAAGAAGGAUUAUUACUGAAGCAAACCAGUUCAUUUCAAAGAUGGAAAAAACGCUAUUUUAAGCUUCGGGGCAGAACCCUGUACUAUGCCAAGGAUUCAAAGUCUCUUAUAUUUGAUGAGGUUGACUUGUCAGAUGCAAGCGUCGCUGAGUCAAGUACAAAAAAUGUCAACAACAGCUUCACGAUAAUCACCCCUUUUAGAAGACUAAUAUUGUGUGCUGAGAACAGAAAAGAAAUGGAAGACUGGAUCAGCUCACUGAAGUCCGUGCAGUCCAGAGAGCAUUACGAGACCGCACAGUUUAAUGUGGAACAUUUCUCAGGAAUGCAUAACUGGUACGCCUGCUCCCAUGCCCGACCUACCUUCUGUAAUGUGUGCAGAGAAAGCCUGUCAGGGGUCACCUCCCAUGGGUUGUCUUGUGAAGUAUGUAAAUUUAAAGCUCAUAAGCGGUGUGCUGUAAGAGCAACAAAUAACUGCAAAUGGACAACGCUGGCCUCCAUUGGGAAAGAUAUUAUUGAGGAUGAGGACGGUAUAGCUAUGCCCCAUCAGUGGCUAGAGGGAAACCUUCCUGUUAGUGCCAAAUGUGCUGUUUGUGACAAAACCUGUGGCAGUGUCUUGCGUCUACAGGAUUGGCGGUGCCUUUGGUGUAAAGCAAUGGUACAUACCGCAUGCAAGGACCAGUACCCUCGAAAGUGUCCGCUUGGCCAAUGCAAGGUGUCUAUAAUACCUCCAACAGCACUCAACAGUAUAGAUUCUGAUGGGUUCUGGAAAGCAACCUGCCCGCCCUCUUGUGCCAGCCCACUGCUCGUAUUUGUUAAUUCCAAAAGUGGAGACAAUCAGGGUGUGAAAUUCCUCCGGAGGUUCAAGCAGUUGCUAAAUCCUGCUCAGGUGUUUGACUUGAUGAAUGGAGGACCUCAUUUAGGUUUACGAUUAUUUCAGAAGUUUGAUAAUUUCCGAAUUCUUGUAUGUGGAGGAGAUGGAAGUGUGGGCUGGGUUUUGUCUGAGAUAGAUAAGCUAAGCUUACAUAAACAGUGUCAGCUGGGGGUUCUUCCAUUGGGUACUGGAAAUGACUUGGCACGGGUUCUCGGCUGGGGUAGCACCUGUGAUGAUGAUACACAACUUCCUCAGAUCCUAGAAAAAUUGGAACGUGCAAGUACAAAGAUGCUGGACCGAUGGAGCAUAAUGUCAUAUGAGCUGAAAUUACCAUCAAAGACAUGUAUCCUCCCUAUAUGUCCAGAAGAGGAGUCUGAUGAGUUUCAGAUAUCUGCAUAUGAAGACUCAGUGGCAACUCAUCUGGCUAAAAUUCUGAAUUCAGACAAGCAUUCCAUAGUCAUAUCAUCUGCAAAGGUGUUGUGUGAGACUGUUAAAGACUUUGUUGCAAAAGUUGGGAAAACCUAUGAAAAACCAACGGAACACUCGGAGGAGGCAGAAGCAAUGGCGGUAAAGUGUUCGACACUGAAUGAAAAGCUUGAUCUUCUGCUUCAGACACUCCAUGCUGAAGCGCAAGCCACUCCAUUGUUGACGCACUUAACACCACCAAUUGUUGAGGAAGAGGUGGAGGAGGAAUUCUCAAGUGAAGAAUCUCUAUCUGAGAGCAAGGAGCAUUUAGCAGACAGCAUUACAAAGUCUUCCACGGCAAAGCUCUUCAAGUCAAGGGAGCAGCUCAUGAUACGAGCCAACAGCUUAAAAAAAGCAGUCAGGCAAAUCAUAGAACAAGCUGAAAAAGUGGUGGAUGAGCAAAAUGCACACACUGAGGAACAGGAGAACCAGGCUGCAGAGGAGUACAGAAAAGAGUUAGAAGAGUCAAAAGAAGAGGAGAAAGAUGAGGACACCAGGGACUUUGAUAGCUCAUCAGGCAAAGCUCCACGUUCUCCAGACAGACGUACUAAUAGAAGCAUACAUUCUCACUCAGGCUCAUUCUCGAGCCCACCCUUGGCAUCUAGUAAAGAGAAUCUUCCUGUUUUAAACACACGAAUAAUCUGCCCAGGUCUAAGAGCUGGCUUGGCAGCUUCCAUUGCUGGUAGCUCCAUCAUCAACAAAAUGUUAUUGGCAAAUAUGGAUGCCAUUGGUGCUUCUCCUUUUAUUGACCCGGAUUCUGAUACCUUAGAAGGCUAUUCAGAAAAAUGUGUAAUGAACAAUUACUUUGGUAUUGGUUUAGAUGCAAAGAUAUCCCUAGAAUUUAAUAAUAAACGAGAAGAGCACCCUGAGAAAUGCAGAAGCAGAACCAAAAACAUGAUGUGGUAUGGAGUACUUGGCACCAAAGAAUUGCUGCAAAGAACCUACAAGAAUUUAGAGCAAAAGGUUCAACUUGAGUGUGAUGGGCAGUACAUCCCACUACCCAGCCUCCAGGGUAUUGCAGUGUUAAACAUUCCUAGUUAUGCCGGUGGCACCAAUUUCUGGGGUGGAACCAAAGAAGAUGAUAUAUUCGGUGCUCCCUCAUUUGAUGAUAAAAUUUUAGAAGUAGUGGCAGUAUUUGGGAGCAUGCAAAUGGCAGUUUCCAGGGUGAUCAAGCUCCAGCAUCACAGGAUAGCUCAGUGCCGGUCCGUGAAGAUCACUAUUCUCGGAGAGGAGGGUGUUCCCGUACAAGUAGAUGGUGAAGCAUGGAUUCAGCCACCUGGGGUGAUUAAAAUUGUACACAAAAACAGGGCUCAGAUGUUAACCAGGGACAGGGCUUUUGAAAACACUUUGAAGUCCUGGGAGGACAAGCAGAAAUACGAUUCGUGUAAGCUUGCUCUGCGUCCUCACUCUCCACAAGCUGUUGACCUAGCUUCUGAGGAAGAGGUCACCCUCAUUCAUCUGUGCUCACAGGCUGCUGAGGAACUAAUUACAAGAAUAUGUGAAGCUGCAAAAAUCCACAGUCUGCUGGAACAAGAGCUGGCUCAUGCAGUGAAUGCUUGCUCACAUGCACUAAACAAAGCCAAUCCUAGAUUUCCAGAGAAUCUCACUAGGAACACUGCCAUUGAAGUAGCAAUAAACGUGAAGGCACUGCACAAUGAAACAGAAUCACUUUUGGUUGGGAGAGUACCACUGCAGCUGGAAUCUCAUCAUGAAGAACUUUUGUCCAAUGCACUGCAUGAUGUGGAAGUGGAGUUAACAAAGCUUGCAGAGCUCCCCUGGCUGUAUUAUGUCUUGCAGCCAGAUGAAGAAGAGGAUCCUCCCAUGGAAUAUACUAAAAGACACAGUAGAAGCACAGUAUUUCGCAUAGUGCCAAAGUUUAAAAAGGAAAAGGCUCAAAAACAUAAGACCAGCCCUCAGCCUGUUCAGAAGUGGGGCACAGAUGAAGUGGCAGCUUGGCUGGAUCUGCUGAGUUUGGGAGAGUACAAAGAAAUCUUCAUCCGUCAUGACAUCCGCGGUUCAGAGCUAGUACAUCUGGAAAGGCGGGAUCUUAAGGAUCUGGGGAUAAUGAAAGUGGGUCAUAUGAAGCGAAUUCUACAGGGAAUUAAGGAACUCAGCAAAAAUGCAUCUUUAUCUGACGUUUGAAGGAGGUGUCCAUAAAUGGAAAAAGGCCUGACCAGAGAACCGAGUUGAUUUAGAGGCACAAUGUGGUUUUAGUUUACAAUAUAAAUGUGGAAACCAGGAGGAUAAAGUUUGGAGCAUUGUGCACUUGGCUAUUGUGUUAGCAAUUUGGUGCCAACGUUUUGAGAAGUUUAGAUCUGCAUGACUUGCUUACUUGUUUAGAAAUGACCGUGGUGGUUGGAAAAUUAAUGCUCUUUGAUUGCUGUGGCACUAUUAAGUGCCAUAUAUAAAAAGUGAAAACUUUUAAUGGUUUAAAGUUACCAAGCUUCCUUGUAUGAGGCCCAGACUUCCAAAUAACAGGAAAGGCCAACAUAAAAUGGGUCAAGCCUAAGUUGGUAGUCUUGGUUCAUGCUGCCUCAGGUACCAUUCCCUCAUUGGCCAAGGAGUAUGACUGAAAAUAAAAAAAAACACUUUAUACAUUUAAAGUGAAUGCAAAUGAACAUGCAUGGAGUGCCUGUUGACGUUGGAUUUUAGUUGCAUGACAUAUCGGAUACGAAAACAAAACAAAAAACACACACAAAAACUUGAACAAUUUUUAUAUUGAUUUUACUAAGUUUUAAUUUAUUACUACUGAUGUGUCUUUUGGCUGAAGGCACUUUUGUAUUAUGUGUUGUAUAUUUUUGCAUGAGUAUGUUCUGUGGCAGGAGAUUUGUGGAUGUGAAGAUGUAGCUCAUGUGCCAUGUAUCUUCAAAAACUGAUGUGCAUUAUGUAUGUUCAACAUAUUUAUUAUAGCUAAUCAAUAUUGUUUUGAAAUUAACUUUGAUAGACAUAGCUUAUCAAAAUUACAUUUUGCAAUGAUGGUUACCUCACAAAAUUUAUCUUGUAAUUUCUUGGGGACUCUUGAUUUGUUUUCCAUUGCCUUAUGUUAUUUAGGUUAUUGAAUUUCAGUGACAUUUCUCGGCAGUUUUCAGCUCAAAGAAAUCGGGUAGCAAUAUGAUAGAUGUGGCUGCUGUCUGGCCACCAGGGUUACAGUAGCAUGUGUACACAAAUGCCCUCACUGCUUUAGGCCAAGAUACCUGGCUAAAGUCCUCCUUUACUGUUCUUUCUGUAGCUCAAUCUAGGCAGCUAAUGUGUCUUGUUUACUCUUGCUUGGUUCACUUCUGCCUUAUUCAAUCAGAAUUCUUACUCUUAAGGACUUAUGGUCACACCAGCAGCCACUGCUGCCAUGGCUACUGGUGUGCACAUUGAAGGGAUCGGUGCAGAUGCAUUUUAAAAACACAUCACACGGUUUACUUUACUAAACUGUCAAAAAAUGACACUUGAUUCAUCAUUAUGCACUGCAGCACAUUUAGAAGCAGUGUAGUGCAUUGCAACACCCAGCGCUGAAAUUGUACAGCAUAUUCUGAUUUGUUCUUAUUGGUAGCUUCAGUGUAUUGCACUUAACCAACAUAUAACACUUAAGAAUAAGAACUCUUUAUUAGAACAAGGUAGUUUGUGUCUUUAUAAACCUUUUUGUAGUGGAAUACACAUAUGUGUAGUUAAACAUCUUUGAAUCAAACAUUUAAUUGCAUAUUCUUUUUGCAGAGUUGCUUGUAGACCAAAUCAAGUGAUAAGGUAUAUCAACUACAGGCUGCUGCUUAUAGCUGAUGUUAAAUGUUGUGAACCAGUACCAGUAAAAAGAUGUCAUUGGUAUUUUUCAUCUGUUAGGCAUAAUGUCCGCCCAGCUGAAGUAGAUGCUUUUAUUGUCAAAGUUUUAACACACUAGUUGAAUGAUAUAGGCUAACAUACAAUGGUAUGGUUCAUAGUACUGCCAUUUAAUGCAAAAUACAUACUUCUAGCUUUCAAAUGUGGCAUGAUUAUGUUCCAGCCACUAGUAAACCACUGUUUAAAAACCUGGUUAUUUAAUGUGGCAUAAUGCAUCCAUCAGCCUCGUAAUAACACAUGGGCAUGAUUUGUGCCUCUUUAUUUUGUAGUCCUAAAUGCUGUGGAUCACAGCAUUUAAAUAUAGAUAAAUAUUUUUUUUUUUACUUAGAUGAACGCAUUUUUAUUGAUUUAUUAAAGCAAUGGGCUGAUAGUAAGCGCUCCGCAUACUUCCCCCCAAGCUUGCACACAUUAUUUCUAAGCUGAUAAAGCACUUUAAUAUAAAUCAUGCGAUCCUGUCCUUGACAUCCACUUAAACGUGUAGCAUGAAAAGUACCAGCAUCCUACCUCCCCUAUUACUUUCAUUAUGAACUCUCUCUUUUUUGUUCAGUAAAUUUGUGGCCAUAAUUUGCAGUGUUUUUUCAUGGUUAUAAGUAUUUAAUGAUUCGGUGAUGUGCUAACCGAAAAUGAAUUUAGAAGCAGCCAUGUGGGCUCUGCCAUCGUUUAUAAGAAGUACCUCAAUUAUGUCACUGAUUUCUGGUUUGUUGGUGUUCUUAGUAGUGAAACUGCACAGAUUUCUUUCAGAAGAAUGUAGAGGAGAACAUUCAGAAUUUUUAGUCAUCAAAUCAUAAACCCUAAUCUACUGUAACUGUAAAACCUUGGUUAAAACACAAUAGAAAGUAUUGAAAUGGUUAGUUCACCUAAAACAUUUUUUAUUUUAUUUUUAUUGUGGUGAAGGUAUUGAAUGGUGGUUAAUCAAAUAGCCCACUAGUUUCUACUUCUUCACGAUUCCCCAUUCUGUCCUCUGGCUUUGGACUUACUCUUUCUGCUGGAAUAAGUAAAUUGUUAAUGCUUCUUUUACAUCCUUUGUACUGUUUAAGUAAACAGGAAAAAUAAGACCCUCUGAAAUGACUUGGGUAUGACCAGGGAGUUGGGAUUCAAGGAGCAAAAAUUCCAGUGACUGGUAAACUUAAAGUAGAAGUUCACCUUAACACUAAAAUCUAUACACAUUCACGAUCUAAAACUAACCUAUGUAGCCCUGUAAAAGAGAAAUCGCUGUAUAUACCUUUUUUGAAGCCGAUCUGGUCCGGUCCCACGCUGAGCUGUCAGCGGCAGUUUCACUGUGAAGGCAGGUGCAGAGGAGGCAGCCAACAACGGAAGCCCCAUAGUAACUCCAUGGGUGACAACACUUCACAUACAUUUCCCAGCAGUUGCCUGCUGUCUCCUCUGCAGAGCUUCCGCCGCUGGAGACCGGACUGGAGUGGCAUCAAAAAAGGUAUGUAUAAGAUUUCUUCUUUACAGGGCUAGAUUGGUUGGUGUUCUAUCAUGGAUGCCCGUAGAUUUUAGAGAUUUUAGUGUUAGGGUGGACUGCUACUUUAAGAAAUUGCUGGGUGAUUCUAUCUACCUUCAUCCAUACAAAGCUGAGAUACCAGUUUUGUGUGAACUGACCCUUUUAAAGUGUAUUUAAAAACAAAAAUUAAAAUAUUACAGCUUUUAGUGCUAAGAUGUGGUGGCAACGUUGGUUUUAUUUUUUCUAACUUUUCACUUUAUUUUCACCUGCUAAUUCUGCAAAUAACACACCUUCUGUUCAUUCAUGUCUACACUCAUAUCUCUACUGUAGCUAUGUGGGAAGCCAUGGUUGUCCUACAGACUGGUCUUCAAAGAUUUUGUGCUGUCUUUUGAGCUCAUCUCAUGUGACAAAAACCCUGCCAUUUCUGGCGAGAUCAAGUAAUUUUCUGUACCUACUAAAAAUAUUCAUAGCCUCAAAAUGUGAAAAAGAGUGAAGCUACCACAUGUAAGGACUAGUAAGCUUAGUAUAUUACACUUUUUGUUUUUGAAUUUGUGUGCUUUAACUUUUGGUAAUAAAGUCCCCUAUAGUAUCCACUGUUGGCUAAACUAAGCAGUGGGGUUAAUUUACUAAAGGAGUAGUGACUCUUUACUUUUCCCUAGUAAAUGUGGUGAAGCAAUGUUCACAUCAAUGAUUUAAUCACGUGUAAGGGGAAAACUAUUUUUUAAUGUCUUUGUACAUGAUUAAUUAUUCAAUGUAAAUACAACCUUGCCUUAUUUACAAAGCUCAGUAAACCUUCACUUUGGUAAAAAAAAAACAAUCUCUACUCCCUUAGUAAAUCAACUUCCAGUGUCUCAAUUACAGUGCGUAAAAAAAAAAAUUCUCUAGAUUAUAGUAUUUUUACACCUGUGUUCACGCAAGAAAAACAAAAUUGAGUUGAAAUCUAGUUCUGUUUUUUAUCAAAUGUCUUACGGCUUAAAAUCUUUUUAUAAUGAUCAGGGCUAGAGGCUCUUUCUUGACCAAGUGAACUAGUUUAUAACAUUCUUUUACAAAUGCAUUCUAUCCCCUUUCCGACAAGUUUUGUAUAAUAAAAGCUCCCUGUUUUCUGGUAAAGCAGGACAAUGUGUGAGGUGCAAUAUUUAUAUAAACUUUUAGAGUUUUUGUGGGGUAAUUUAUCACAAAACUAUAAAGAGGUUACCAGUGCACUACUUUAAUACUGUAUUUGUUUGAAAUAUAAAUAUCUCACUGUUAUUAUGCAGUUGAUCUGCAUAUUUGUAUAUUAUGUUCAGCACUGUAUCAUCCUAUAUAAAGAUUUUUUUUUUUUUU